AGCUGGACAAUCCGCCGGACGCUCUGAUUGGCUGAGGCCAGGCGGCGUUCGGACAUAAAAGAGCGGCCUGCACGUCCAACACAUCAUCGUCCCCUCCUUCAUCGCCAUGGCCUUCCUCUGGAUCGUGUCCUGCCUCGCCUUCGUCAGCGCCGCCUACGGCUGCGGAACCCCCGCCGUCCCCCCGCAGGUGACGGGCUACGCCCGCAUCGUGAACGGUGAGGAGGCGGUGCCUCACUCCUGGCCCUGGCAGGUGUCUCUGCAGCAAUCCAACGGCUUCCACUUCUGUGGAGGAUCUCUGAUCAACGAGAACUGGGUUGUGACCGCUGCUCACUGCAACGUCAAGACCUACCACCGUGUGGUCGCUGGAGAGCACGACAAGGGCUACGGCUCCAAUGAGGACGUUCAGGUGCUGAAGCCCGCCAAGGUGUUCACCCACCCGAGGUGGAACCCUCGCACCAUCAACAACGACAUCAGCCUCAUCAAGCUGGCCAGCCCCGCCCGCCUGGGCACCAACGUGUCCCCCGUCUGCAUCGCUGACUCCGCUGACACCUUCGCCCCUGGCAUGACCUGCGUCACCUCCGGCUGGGGUCUGACCCGCUACAACGCUCCCAGCACUCCCAACAAGCUGCAGCAGGCCUCCCUGCCCCUGCUGUCCAACACUGAUUGUAAGAAACACUGGGGCAGCAACAUCUCCGACGUCAUGAUCUGUGCCGGAGCAAGUGGAGUCACUUCCUGCAUGGGAGACUCUGGCGGUCCUCUGGUGUGCGAGAAGGACAACGCCUGGACUCUGGUCGGCAUCGUGUCCUGGGGAAGCAGCCGUUGCUCCACCUCCACUCCUGCCGUCUACGCCCGCGUCAGCGAGCUCCGUGGUUGGGUCGACCAAAUCCUCGCCUCUAACUAAGCGCUCAGAAGCUGAGCCGCCGCCGCCGCCACCUGGACAACAGAGGAACCCCGUGACAGUGACAGUGUGGUUAUGUGCGAUGAUAAUAAAAAAAGUCAACAUCA